AUGGAGAAAAAGCUGCAGAUAGUGAACCUGUGUCUCAGGCUGGACCGACCUUCUCUCCCUAAGCCCCUGACCGUCCCUCCUGAGGCUCUGGGCUCUCCAGCCCCUAACGACCUGUCCAUUAACCCAGGGCUGUCUAUAACCCUGCAGAGCAUCGCCCAGGAAGGGCUGCUACAGGAGGGUGUGAUGGUCGAAGACCUAUACUUCAUAGAUGGUGUGAUAACCCAACCCGAACCUCUACAAGAAGCCACAGGAGGGAGGGCUCCGUCUGAGGGAGAGUGUCCUCCACCUGAGCACAGUCAAAGAAUUGCUGUACUCUGCGCACCCCCGUCCUCUUUCUGUUAUGGUACCUCCCAUCCCCGUGGCAACCUGGCUAUCAAGAUGCGUCAUCUGACGGUCCUAGGAUACACCCCGGUCGUGGUGUCGGAGCACGAGCUGGACAAUCUGUCCGAGGAGGAAAGAACAGAGCUCCUCAGAACACGGAUCUUUCCAGAACAGGAGAGACUUACGUUGAACAGAUGACAGACUGACGGACAUGGAGAGAGGGGGACAUGGCUAAUUCAGUCAAGAGAACCUCGACCUGGUUCUGUGCUCACAGUCUGGUCACGAUACGGUCCUGUUCCGGUCCUGUCAUUCGUUGCACAGGAACUGCUGGUAUACUGAAUUGACUACAUGAAGACUUGUUGUCGAAAAUAUCUCUGUGUGAGUGUCUGGACUAUACAGUUCACUGCAUAAUGUCUCACUA